AUAAUAGGUCAUCGGCCGUUAAUGUAUUUGUUUUUUUUAUUUUGUUGAAAAUAAAUCACUCGGACUAGAGCUUUGAAUGUACACACACAUACACCGAUUGGCCGAUUCAGACAUUUGUUUUUACGAGAUUUCAAACAAAUUAUUUUGUUUGCGGUAAUGAAUAAUUAAAUUAAAGAUAUAUGUAAAUAAAAGCCAGUUAAAAAAAGCUGUUAAGCUAAAAGUUUUUUGGUUGAAGAAAAUUUUAAAAAUGUUUUGGUCGCACAGAACCGACAAAGAGAAUAAAAGUCGGUGUAGAUGUUUCACAACACAUUGCAUUGCGGAUGGAACAUUGCUUUUUUCUGGUUGUCAUCAACAGAAACUCUACGAAAACAGCUUUUCUUCCAUUCGAUCACAGAAAUUUGUAAGGCAUAAAAAAAAUACUUAAAAUAGUUAAUUAAAAAUAACCAAAUAAGAAACGUUGAAAAGAAAAAUCGCAAACUGGAUUAAUUCGACAAAUUUUUCGAUAUCGUCAUCGUGUUAGACAGCGUGACAGCUAAUCAUUCACAUCAACCAAUGUUCAAAUGAUUGUGUAAAUAAAUAUUAACUAAACUACGGCACUAUUAUUUACCUCCCAGGGGUAUUGCAUGAAAGAGGAAAAAAGUAAAAUGUACAUGAGCUUUAACAUAACGCACUCGAAGCAUAACGUACGUGCCUAACGUGCCCAAGAUAACAAAGUUAAAGAGCAGACGUUAGUGUGGACACACAUGAACAGACAGAGUUUUGAAGUAAUAACCUUAACUACCAGUUCAAAGCAAACAGACAGCACGUACAUAAACGAACAUGGCUAAGUAAAUACCGUCAUGUACGAUGAUCAAAAACAGAGGCAAAGAUCUUAUGGAUCCUCGUUGAUCGAGAAGCAUUCAUGUUAUUAUUCAUUUAUUAUCUAUGUAUUUUGUAAAUAAACUUACAAAGCACGGAUUUAAAGUCUGCCGGAUAAUUUAGACCAUACGCUCGCCUAGAUUGAAUAUUCUACCGCACUUGAGACUUGAAACCGCGUCCAUUGAAUUAUUAGUCGUUAUCCAUUGCCUACUCGGCUACUGAUGCUGCUCAUGAGAAAGACACUGAGACAUGAGGGUUAAUUCAUUUUGUCAAAUCAAUUGGGCGAAGGGGUAAUCGCUUAUGAAAAACAUAACUCAGCUGUUUUUUUUCUAAACAGUUACGUACAAAAACGAAAGCCAACUUUCCGUGACGUGAUUACACUUCAGGGAUAAAAUCCCGAAUAUACUUAGACAUGUCCGUCCGUUCAUCCGUAAUAAACAUUCUGGUCCACGUCGGCGUCAAACUUGGCAAGUUCUUGUACGCACGUUGCUAUUGAAAAUUGGCUGAAUCGAUCGAAGGACACGUCUAACAGUGCAAUCUUACCUGACUACAUCUCUGCUUUCUCGAAUUUUUGCUCAGUACUCAUAAACUACUGUGGACGCAUACAUUAUAACUUAAAGUGAGUGCAUCUCGGUAUUUCCAAAAGCAAAGAAGAUGUUGUACAACAGUAAAAAUCUGUAUAUUUUAUGCGCGAUUCAUUCGCACUCUUGCAAAAAUGUGAAAAAAUCAGUCGCGCCCAACCAAUACUAUAAAGAUUCAAAAUAACGUAUGCUUCGAUGUUUUCUUUUUGGCAUAAAUAUGGUGGGUGCACAAUAUUCGGUCAGAGCUGAGUGUAGUUUUUUUAUUUGUUACUGCCCUGCAGCCUAUAAAGACAGUUACGCAAAUAAAUAUUUAAAUGGAGAGAAACAUCGCUUUUUAUCUUAAAGUCUAUUAUCUCUCUACACGUGCACACUCAAUUGAAGAAAUAUUUCGGAUGCUUCGGACGUCUUGCGGAAUUUGAAAUCAAAUUAUGUUUUUGCAUAAAUCUUCGUUUCCAAAAUACGUUAUUUAGUUUUUGAUCACUGCUGCUCGUGCUGCUGUAGUCUCUGCGUCAUUAUUAUUAUUAUUAUUAUUUUCGAAGCUUCCAGAGAGAAAUUAGAAGAACGCGAGAGAAACUUUGCUUAACACAUUCGACAUAUCUUUAAACAGUUUCUGUUAAAAGUUACGUACAUCUUGCCCAGCAAACGUAUUCAAGUAUUAUUUGAAAUUAUUGCAGUAAGUAACACGAACAAAAGCGUAUGCGUUGAUUGCUUGUUGCAUUACGCGUAAAGCACUCAAUGCGUAAACAACGUUUAAUCGCAGGGCGAAUAAAUCUGUGAAGAAAGAAAAAAAAAACAAUUAAUUACGAAAAAGAGUUAUUGAGUGUAUGAUCUUACGGAAGGUUAUAAAAAGCAAAUAAUAAUUGGAAAAUAUCUGUAUAAAGACAAAAUUGAAUUAUUAUUAAAAAACCUUAAACAAUAGGGGCAAAUUAUUAAAUUAAAGCAAAAAGUUCAGAAAAAAUCUAUUUGUCCCACACGUCAAAAAGGAACAAACGGAGCUUAACAAAUCAAAAAUCGUUUAACUGAAUAUAAAAAGAUAAUUCUUUUCAUUUAAGAAAAGUGAUAAAAUUAUUUAAACCAUUUUUUUGCAAUAAAAUAAACCUAAAAAUAUUGGUAAAGAAAUUAAAUAAAUUGAGUAACAAUGGCUGCCACUUUACAACAACAUUGCUCAACACCGCCAACUAACAAUGUCAAUAUAAAUUCGAACAAACAAAAUCCGAAAUUAAAACGUAUAGUUUAUUCUAAAUAUCGCGAACUGUUGGGUUCCUAUAAUGAUCAAGCAAAUGCUUAUAUCGAGACUCUACCCGCUUAUAUGGUUCAUAAAGACAAUGGCUUUAAUUUGGAAGUGAAAACCCAACCAACACCAGCAAUAACAGCUGAUAAUGGCAAUGGUGAUGAUAUGUAUGGAUCCGCCCAUCGCAUGCCUGUGCAGUCAGCGUACGAGCCGCCUGCAUGUGUUCAAAAUGCAAUGAUGACAAGAGAUAAGAAACCUUUCACUUACACUCCGGGUGGCAUCGAUUUAUCUCAGAUUAAAUCUGAACGUAUGGCUAAACGUUUGGCCCGGAAUGCUCAAGCGGAAGGCGUAAUCUCCGCACAGCAACAAAAUCGACCUAUACAGCCGCAAUCGCCUGGUUCAGCCAGUCCAUCUGCUAGCAUGGGGGCAGCCGCUUUGGGUAUGCCGUUUCAGGUGUUGCCUCCUGUUCAAGCAACACCGAGUAUAACCGCUGGUAAGAAUAUAAAUGGUGGCAAUGCACCGGCUCCUCCCCCACCACCACCAUCCUCCAAUUUGUUAGCGACAUCUAGCCUUGGAAGCUCAUUUAAUUCUCCGAAUAUAGCACGCAAGUCACCAACACAACAAACACAAUUUGAGCCUCCUCCAAUAGGUUUUCGACCAGAGAUUAAAAUACCGCCCAAUCCCAUGGCCGGUUUGCGGAAGGUGCCGCCACCUGUAGAAAGGAAUAAUUUCUGGAAAGAUGAGUACAUUAAAGAAAAUUCGAAAAGUCCAAUGCGCGAUUCCGGCGACGAUGUUAUUAACAACAAUGAUUAUAAUGCUGGCAACAAUGGCCUCCAAACGCGUAAUAGCGAUCAGAUGAAUAUCAAUGAUAAUACUGAUGGUUCUAAAAAUCCGUUGGCUGUAAGUGCUCCCGCCAACACUAAUCAAUAUCAACAAUCCCCUAGUGCGAAUGUCAAUAACAAUGCAUACGCAAUUUAUCAACAACCACAACAAGAACAGCACACGUCUUCCAUCCCUUCACAGCCAAGUACGCCUCAACCAUAUGCCAUGCAGCCAUCAUCUGCCCCGAGCAAACCGCAAACAACACCGAAAUCGGAAUUUCGUAGUGUGGCAGCACCGCAAUCGCCAUCGGUACCAGUUUAUACCCGGUACAAUGACAGCCCCAGAUCGCAAUUGGACAAUGCUACUCCUCCACAGAGCCCCUUCAAAUAUACUCAGCAGCAACAAGGACCGGGAGCAAACGUCUCACCUUUGGUCCAGCAGCAAAAUACGCCAUCUACAGCUUCUUCGGGAGCAGCUGCUUCACCUUCUCAAACGAUACCGUGGCGUGGGCAACGUAGCAACCAACAACAAAUAUCUCACACAGCUUACAAUAAUAACGCGCAACAGCAGCAGCAAUCGGAUAAUUAUAAUAACACUCAAUCACCAAAACCAACAAAUGUCGGUUCUCUAUAUAUUGCGCCGUUGACCCCCCCUACCGAACCACAAGCUCAGCAUAUUGUACGUCAGCAAAUGGUGCAACAACAGCAACAACAACAACAACAGCAGCGUCAAAGCCAGCAACCGCCGCAACAAUUACGUUGGUUGACUUCGCAACCAGUAGCACGUGAGCAGCCAGAAUGGGCACGUCCGGAAGAAAAUGGCAAUGUCGUGCCUUCAACAAUUAAUCGGAUCAAAUCACCGCCGCCCUCAUCUUUAACCACAAAUACAAUGCAACAUCAACAAACGGUUUAUAGCAACGGCAUGCACAACUUUGGCUCUCAAAGCUCUCAAAGCUCUCACGCUUCGCCCGGCCUACGUUUACAAAUCAAUACAGUGCCAUCGGCUCAAUUUAAUAACAAUAUUGCUCCGAAGGAACGAAUUAUACCUAUACAAUUGGAACAGACGCCCACCCACAAUCCGAGUCAAUUAAGUUUCAACAAUCAAUCAACAGCUGCUAAUAAUGCUCCUGGAUAUAUAAUGCGGACACCCAAUCAAUUUGUGGAUCAAGGUUAUAAUAGUUAUGCAGGUCAGCAAUCAACAACCACCCAACAACAGCAACAACUUAUGACACCUAUCGGUCAGCAAUUAAAUGCUCCACGUAUGGUAAUGCAGCAACAACAACAAGCGUCAACGCCUAGAACUCAUAUAAUACCCAUUGCUAUUGAGGGUAACGAAGGUACCCGUGGACCCGUAUCCAAGACUCCGGUUGUUAUACAAAAUGGAAAUUAUAAUCUUGUAGUACAUGACUGUCCACUUGAGGCUGAGAUCAGAUUUAGAAAAAAUCGACUCAGCGAUCAACGUACACCUCCUGUGCAAUCGAAAUCUUUUAGAAUUUUACAAAAAAUCACAGACACUAUUGGGGAGGGCAACGGCAACAUGAAGGACUCUGCCGCGACAAUGCGCCAUAGACCUGACAAUUAUAUGGAUGCCGAACCGCAAUUACAAAAGCCGCAGUUUGCACGUCAAAUGAGCGCUCAACAGGCACGAAAUAGUCCAACCGUUGAGCAAAUGAGACGUUUGCAAAUUGCUCACGAACAAGAUUUAAAUAACGUAGAACAGCAACACAUACCACCCAGUGAACAACAAGUACCAGAACCAAAAAAAUAUACAGGAAGCGCUAUACCAAGUCGAUCAUUUAAAAUAUUGCAAGCGAUGACAGCACCAGAGAAUGCUGGACCUGGACAAUCGGAUCUAUAAUUAGUUUCUUUAAAAUCAUAGAAAUUAAUUUUAGAUUAAUUUAAAAAAUCUAGAAAAGGAAAACAUUUUAAGUCCAAAUAUUCUUCAACUCUAGCGAGGAAAAGGAAAAUUCGGGCAUUUUUAAAUUGGUAUCGAGAAAUUUUCAUUUAAAGACUAGGCCGCGUUAUUAAAAAUGAUCUAAUAUUUAGUUUAAGGCAUAUUUAAACAUUUACCUGCUUAUCGAAAGGGAGG